CUGCAGUAUUAUCCAGGCCUCUGGACACAUUCUGAUGCAAUGUCCUUCUACGAUGUCAAUCGAUUUCAUUUGGUCGUUUUAUUUACCUGGCUUGUUGCGAUAUUUUUUGCUACUCAAAUGAUUUUUGCUAUCUUUUCUAAUUAUUCGCCAAAAUGGAAAUGUGGAGAUGGACCCAUUACACGAGACUGUGAGGUAUAUAGAACAUGUAAAAAUAAUCUGACAUUUCACGAGGAAUACUUUCAAUCGGCAGCAGUAGAAUUUGACUGGAUUUGCAAUGAAAACACCUACCUAAUGUCGGCUUUCUCGCAAAUCCAAUUUUUCGGAGUGCUUUUUGGUUGGUUUAAAAGCUUCAGAACCUUGCUAUUUGGCACUCUAGCAGAUACCUUUGGAAGGAAACCGGUAUCUAUAGGAACACUGACAGCUGGUUUUCUUGCAAAUCUUUCAGCAGGUUUUUCCCCGUCUUGGCAAAUUUUGCACGCUUCGCACUUCUUUGUUGGCUUUUUCGUCGGUGGUGCCAGUGUCACACUUGCUACCUAUGUUACCGAACUUCUUCUUCCUCAUCAGCGCAUGUUCAUGCGGGGAGUGUUCAACUGGGGCAUUGCUCGUAUUGUCUUAACCCUGAUUUGUAUGCUAUUUCCCAAUUGGAGAUCUGCCAGUACUGUAUGUGCUUUACUUUUGAUUCCGGGUAUAUUGCUCAUCAUAUUUAUCCUACCAGAAAGUCCAACAUGGUUGCAUAGUAAG